AACUUAUUAACAACUUGCCAGUCGAGUCGAAGCUUACGUUCGAUUCGGAUCGUUAUUAAUAAUUGAUUUAAAAUUUUUUAAUAAAUUCAAAAAAAUAAAAUGAUAAAGUCGGUUAAAAAAAUUCGAUUAAAAAAAUCGUUUCGAUUUUUUCAGUUUUGAAAACGUUAAAAAAGAGUUAAUAAAAAAAAUUGAACGGUUGCGGCGCAAGACGCGGUUCUACUACCACAUUUCGAGCUCCUUUACCUUGAGUUUGAGACUCACUCACAGUUUUGCAACAACACCUCGAGCGUUCAACAUACCUUUACAACCGAACGAAUUGAAGUUGAUUUGAACGCGAUUUUUUUAAUUUGUGCAGAAAGAUUUGAACAAGAAAUAUUUAAGAAAAAAUAACUUCAAUAAAUCAAUAUGUAGUGUGGUGAAAAAGUUAAAAAUGUAAAUGUCGUUUAAAAUGGCUUUGUUAGAUAGGUGUUUUUGUUGUAAUUUGGCUAUUGGUUGCGGAUUUUUAGGAAUUUAUUUAUUGAUAGCUUAUUUAAUAGCUUUCGCAUUCGAAUUAAUAUGGAUUUUGGAAUCACACAAUCAACCACCAACGGUAGCGAUAUUACUAUGCGCGGGAUAUUUUACUUUGGCUCUAUUCGCAGCACUUUUAGUUCACGGUUUGGCGACGAAAAAUACGUUUUGUCUCGUUGCUUGGAUGAUAUCAGUAACAAUUUUAACAUUUCCCGAAGCCGGAUUAGUCAUUUAUUUAAGCAUCCAAUAUUGGAGAAUAGAAACAAUAUAUGGAAUGACAGAAUUAGCAUGUUGGUUAGCUAGAAUUGUAGCCAACGUAAUUGGAUUCGUUGCAAUCCAAUCGUUGUACACGAUUUGGAAGGAAGAGGAAUUAGUCGAUAAAAGGCUACGAGAUUUGAAUAUGACCGCAGUUACCCUUCCAAGAGAUCCUGCUAGUCUUGGUGCUUUAAGUGCAGUUCACGGGUACCAAAAUAACGCAUACGAUUCUUCGUAUGACCAUGUAAAUAAUUUAAAAAGAGCAACUUCUAUGCCAUUACUUUGGAACACCGCUGUACCAAAUAAUCUUGGACCAUUUCUAUUUGAUGGUUAUCAAUUUUGUACGACAAGUGAAUUUAACGCUAGCGUUUUUGUCCCAAAAUCUUCCCUUACUGAUGGAAGCAAUGAAGCAGCGGUUAAAAAAUCUCAAUCGUUAAUGGAUCUAAGAAUCUUAGAAGACCAUCCAAUAAUUGAAGAAAAAUUAGCUCCGAUUUAUCCUCAAUGGACACCGGGUCAAUUUUUAGAAAAUGAUAGAACAUAUCCCGGAUACACUUUAAGUUUAAAUCGAAGAACUUCAUCUAAAAUGACCAAAUUUGCUUCGUUGGAUAAUUUAAACGAAGAUAAUAAAGGAAGUCAUAUAAUUCAACAUAGAACCGGAUUUUACGCCCAACCCAUCGAAAAUUAUGGUGUUCCAAUUUAUUACGGACCUUUAGACGGCCCUGAUUUUUUAAUUUAUAAGAAACAAAUCGAUAAAUUUAAUAGUAAAAACUCGUUAAGUAAUACUUCGACUGAUGAUGUACAGAAAUAUAGAGAUGUUGCUUUAUAAAUGAAAUGAUUCUUUUUAAUCACAAUAAUUUGUUGUAUAAUGAAGGAAAAAAGAUUUAAUAGGAAGGAAACUGUGAUAGAUAAACGUAUUACCAUGAUUUGUUAUGUGUUUAUAAAUGUAUUUUUUUAUAAUAAAAACCCAACUACAACAUUA